AUGAAUAGGUUUGCAAUUGGCCUCGGCCUCUGUCUGUUGGUAGCUUCAGUGUCUGCAAUUCCAGUCGAUAACAAUGUGGAGGGAGAGCCAGAGAUCGAGUGCGGACCCACUUCCAUCACAGGUAAAUGAGUGACUUAUGUGUUCUUCUGGAACUUCCCCAUUUCCAGUCAAUUUCAACACGCGUAAUCCUUUCGAGGGACACGUUUACGUGAAGGGAUUGUUCGAUCAGCAAGAGUGCCGAAACGACGAGGGAGGUCGUCAAGUGGCCGGAAUCGAGCUGCCGUUCGACACUUGCAACGUGGCGCGCACCCGCUCCCUCAACCCGAAGGGAGUCUUCGUCACCACCACCGUCGUCGUCUCCUUCCAUCCUCAGUUCGUCACCAAAGUCGAUCGGUUCGUUGCCAACUCAUCCGACCACUUUCUAAUGAUUCCCUUUCAGCGCUUAUCGCAUCCAAUGCUUCUACAUGGAGGCUGACAAAACCGUCUCCACACAGAUCGAGGUGUCCGACCUGACCACCGCCUUCCAGACGCAGGUCGUUCCAAUGCCAAUCUGCAAAUACGAGAUCUUGAAUGGAGGACCAACUGGAGAGCCAGUGCAGUUCGCCACCAUCGGACAGCAGGUGUACCACAAAUGGACUUGCGACUCCGAGACCGUCGACACCUUCUGCGCCGUCGUUCACUCUUGCACCGUCGACGACGGAAACGGAGACACCGUCCAGAUUCUCGAUGAGAACGGCUGUGCCCUCGAUAAGUUCUUGCUGAACAACUUGGAGUACCCGACUGAUCUAAUGGCCGGCCAAGAGGCUCACGUCUACAAAUACGCCGAUCGCUCGCAGCUUUUCUACCAGUGCCAGAUCUCCAUUACCAUCAAGGAACCGCAUGAGGAGUGUGCCCGUCCAACUUGUGCUGAGCCACAAGGGUUCGGAGCUGUCAAACAGGCGAACCAGUCGGCGCAGUUCUUCCGCGUGCUCAAGAAAAGAUCCACGCCAACCCAACUGGAGAACAUUCUCGACGUGCGAGCAGAGCUGACAACUCUCGAUGUGCUCGAGAAGGACGUAAGCGUGCCUCCUCCCCAUUUCCUCAUCUGAAUUCCUUCUUUUUCAGCUGCAAGACUCCCUCCGUUCUCCAGCGCAAGCGCUCGUCGCCUCCACCCAAAUCGGAGACGGUUCUUUCGGACAGGACGUCUGCGUCAGCCUCUACACCGCCUCGUUCGGAAUGGUCCUUGUGGCUGGAGCCCUCGUCGUCGCCGUCGUGAUGACGUUCAUCUGUCUGCGGGUCCCGUCUUCCAAGCAGCAGUCCGUCUGCUAA